GAAGCUAUAAAAGAGUUCAUUGAGCCUGAAGUAGACAAGCCUUCCACAGAGGAUGAAGAAGAAAGUAACGAAGAUAAGAAACUUCAGGAGGAAAAUGAAGAAGCAGAAGAGCAACCUUCAACAUCUAUAGAGAAGAAAAAGCUCAUUCGAUUCAUUGGAGAAGAUGAAAAUGUUCAUUCCAAACCUCUAUUUGAAGCUGAUGUGUUGACUUCUUGGAAAGAAUCAGCUAACCAAGGUACAUUGGCCCAAAAAUAUCUUGAAGCAAUGACUAUAAUUGAACAUAUGCAGGACAAAUUAAUGGAGCUUGAAAACAGAGCCAGACAGGCUGAGGAGAAGUUUGAGGAUGUAAAUGAGAAACUUCAUUAUACCCUUAUAAGGAAUAAAGAUCUAGAGAAUGAACUAGAGGAAAUAGCCAUGGCAUCAAGAAAGAAGGAAGGUACCACACAAGGAGAGUGUUCGCAGCAGUAA